CACCGGGCGCUGCACGCUCGUCUUCCUCUGCGCGCUGCAGCUGGUCAACUGCUGUCAGAGGUGAGGAGUUCAGCAAAUCCAGGACCUUCCAGUUUUCAGCUGGCAGCAUUAGAAAGGCAGAUCUUUGACUUUCUUGGUUUCCAGUGGGCUCCUAUUCUUGGAAAUUUUCUACAAAUAAUAGUCGUGAUAUUGGGUUUGUUUGGGACCAUACAAUUUAGACCUCGAUACAUAGUUGUGUACACUGUGUGGACUGCGCUCUGGGUCACGUGGAAUGUUUUCAUUAUCUGCUUCUAUUUGGAAGUAGGCGGACUUUCCAAGGAAACUGAUCUUAUGACCUUUAACAUCUCAAUGCAUCGUUCUUGGUGGCGAGAGCAUGGGCCCGGCUGCAUACGGAGGGUGGUACGUCCGUCAGCCCCUGGAAUCCUAGAUGAUUACUCCUACGUCUCUGUGACAGGCUGCAUAAUUGACUUCCAGUACCUAGAGGUCAUUCACAGUGCCAUCCAAAUAUUACUGUCCAAAAUGAAAAGGACCUUAUUUGGAGCAAUCAUCCUCUUCAAAGGGAAGACAGUUAUGGAGAACGGUAUUGUUCCUUAAUGCUGCUCAAGGAACCUUACAUUACUCAGAACCAAUGUGAUAGUCUGAUGUUCAACUGCUUUGUAAAACAGUUCCAGCUGCCAGAUCUCUAACUAAUAAUAUCCAAUAGAAAAAAGACCUUUCAAGACAUUAUCCCAACUGAUGUGUAACAUGUUAUGAUAACAGGUAUUGCUGUAUUUUAAUUUCCUGGAAACUUUCAGCUGCUGCUAUGUAAAUUUAGCAAUGUGAUAAUUAAA